AUGGUCAAGUCUUAUCAACGUUAUGAGCAGGAACGUUGCUUCGGUGUGAUUUCGUCACAAUCCAAUAUUAUUUGGCUACCAUCGUCAACAUCAACCUCAUCAGGUACCGCGAUCACUUCAGGUUUGGAGGAAAUAUUGAUUUGGGAUAUAAAGACAGGUGAAAUACUUUCCAGAUUAUCUGAUGGUGUGACACCUGGAGCUUCUAAUGCUCUGACAUCCCAAGCACCUCCUUCAAUUUCAUACUUAUCCCAUCAUCAAGAAACGAAUAUAUUAGCGGUUGGGUAUGUAGAUGGAUCCAUCAAGAUUUGGGAUUUAACUUCAAAAUCUGUUUUAAUAAAUUUUCUGGGUCAUAAGUCAGCCAUUAGUUUGUUAAAAUUUGACAGAUCGGGUACCAGAUUGUGCUCUGGAUCUUCAGACUCUUCCAUCGUAUUGUGGGAUCUUAUUGGAGAAGAAGGGUUGUUUAAAUUAAAGGGCCACAAGUCCCAAAUCACGGGCAUGACAUUUCUCUCGAUUAAUUCAGAAUCCAAGGACAUUGAUGACUUGGAAGACUAUUUGCUUACUGUGUCAAAAGAUGGGUUAAUAAAGCUCUGGGAGUUGAAAUCACAGCAAUGUAUUGAGACACAUGUUGCACACAGCAAUGAAUGUUGGUCUAUGGGAGUCAAUAAGUCAAAUAGCAUGUGUAUCACCAGUGGUAACAAAGACCAAGUUAAGGUCUGGUCCAUUGACUUAUCACAACCGGAUACUUUAAAAAUUAGCGAAAGAGGAUCAUUUGAAAAGCAAAGUCAGUCCAGAUGUAAUGAGAUUCUGUUUAAAGCCAAACCAAUCGACUGUUUUUACUUACAGAAUGCCGAUAGAACCAUUGAAAUCUUUAGAUUAAGGUCUGAAGACGAAGUUAAAAAGGGUAUAACAAGAAGAACCAAGAGAUUGACAGAGAAGGGCUACGACCAAGCCGAAAUCUUGCAAUCUUUGAAGGAAAAUGAAGUUAGCAUGACUAUAACUCCAUUGACUACUUUAAGAACUACAUCUAAGAUAAGAUCUUGUACAUGGAUUCAAAGCAAUAAAAAGUUGGAUCUUUUAAUAUCAUUGAAUUCAAAUGCUAUCGAAUAUCAAAGCAUACCAAUACCUGAAGACAUCAAAAAGGCAUCUAGCAGCAACGAAAUAUAUUCUGUGAAGAAACACUCUAUUGACUUGUUGGGACACAGAACUGAUAUAAGAGCUAUGGACUUGUCACAAGAUAACAAAUUACUCGCCACUGCAUCUAAUGGAGAAUUGAAAGUCUGGAAUAUUAAGACUUCUAACGUCUUGCGUACUUUCACCUUAGCUGGAGGGUAUGCGUUAUGUUGUAAGUUUUUGCCUGGUGGUACUUUAGUGGUAGUUGGUUUUAAGAAUGGGGACUUAGAAUUAUAUGAUUUAUCCACCUCAUCAUUAGUUGAUAGAAUUGAAAAUGCUCAUGGUAAGGGAGAAGGCGAGACAGGAGCCAUUUGGUCUCUUGAUAUAACUUCAGAUGGUAAAACACUCAUUACUGGUGGUAAUGACAAAUCUAUUAAGUUUUGGAACUUUCAACUAGAGCAAGAAUUGGUCCCUGGGACAGCAGAUACUUAUGUUUCUCAAUUGCAUAUGAUCCACAAUCAGACUUUAGAAUUGGAUGAAGAAGUCUUAUGUGUUAGGAUCUCUUCAGAUAACAAAUUCUUGGCACUUUCAUUAUUGAAUAAUAACGUUCAGGUUAUUUUCAUGGAUUCACUCAAGUUAUUCUUGACUUUAUAUGGACAUAAAUUACCAGUUUUGUCCAUUGAUAUAUCUGACGAUAACAAAUUGAUCAUUACUUCAUCCGCAGAUAAAAACAUUAAGAUUUGGGGUCUUGAUUUUGGUGACUGUCAUAAAUCGAUUUUUGCCCAUCAAGAUUCAAUUAUGAAUGUUAGAUUUAUCCCAGAAAGUCAUAACUUUUUCUCCAGUGGAAAAGAUGGAUUGAUCAAAUAUUGGGAUGGAGAUAAGUUUGAAUGUAUUCAGAAGUUACCAGCACAUAAACUGGAAGUUUGGUGCUUAUGUGUCAGCAAUGAUGGAAGUUUCAUGGUUAGUACUUCUCAUGAUCAUAGUAUAAGAUUAUGGUUGGAGACAGAUGAUCAAGUUUUCAUUGAAGAAGAGAAGGAAAAGGAAAUGGAUGAAAAUUACGAAAAUACAUUAUUAGAUUCAUUAGAAUCUGAGGAGAAGGGAAGGAAAGAUGGGAAUGAAGAGGGCGAGGAUGAAAAUCCAGAAGACAACGAUGAGUCCACAUCUGUUUCCAAGCAAACUGUGGAAACUUUAAAAGCAGGUGAAAAGUUGAUGGAGGCAAUUGACAUUGGUAUUAUUGAUAUUUUGGAGUCUGAAGAUUAUGAGAAGCAUUUAAAACAAUAUAAGGCCAAAUUAACUACAGUUCCACCAGUUAAACCAAACAGGCAUACAAUCUUAAUGGCAUUUAAUAUGAAUGGUCAAGAGUACGUAUUGAGUGUUUUAAGUAAAAUCAAACCAUCACAAUUGGAGGAUGCUUUAUUAGUAUUCCCAUUCUCAUAUUCAUUAAAGCUUUUCAAGUUCAUUGAAAUUUGGACAAAUAAGACCAAUAUUACCGGCAAUGUUACCAACUUAUCAAUGAUUUGUAGAGUAUUAUUUUUCAUUGUUAGAUCCAAUGCCAAAGAGCUAAUUAACCAAAAGGAUGGAGAUAUUAAAAAUCAAUUAGUUUUGGUGAAAAAGCAAAUCAGAAAUCAAUUAGAAAGUACUAGUGACCAAUUGGGGUACAAUAUUCAAGCUCUUCGGUUUAUUAAGCAGCAAUGGAAAUUAACGCAUGAAUCUUCAUUUAUAGAUGAAGACGAACAAAGACAGUACGAAGAUCUGAGGGCACAGAAGCGUGUUUACACCACCAUUUAA